CUUUUGAACUGAGAUUUCUUUCAUCUCAUACACCUUUCACUCUCUCUUUAAAUCCUCUCUGUAAAUCGUGGUUGUGAUCUGAAUCUCCUGCUUACUGUUGCAACAGCAUUAUUUUUUUUUCCUAAAAUUUUCUCAUUUUCUUUUAAAAAUUUAGAAUUGGGUAUACGAGUUUUCAUUAAAAAUCCAAUCUUGGUGGGGUUUUCUUGGAGAGAUUCUUUGUUGUUGUACGCAAGUCAAAAUCUGUUCUUUGGCCAUGUGAGUGUUUGUGUCACCAUCUCCCAUCUUUUAUUCAGAUGGGUUUUUGAUUAUUACAUCUGUUUUUUUUUAUAUUUUGUUUUGGGUUUUGGUUUUCUCAUCAAGAAUUUGUUUUAAACACGGGAAAGUUUUGGGGGUUUUGUUUAUUUAUUGAAAUUUGGGGAUUUUGAUGAUACCCAUUGGGUUUGAUUUUAGGGUUUGUUCUUGAAAGAUGAAAUCUGGUGAUGAAAAAGGUGAGGAGUCUUGGCAUGUUGUGAAAUCAAAAGGGAAUAAGCAUAAGAAAACUGAUGAAAUUAAGGGGACUAGAGCUGGGUGUUGGAACAGGUGGAAAUUUAUUGGGAGCUGUAUUUCUUCAAGAUCUAAAGUUGAUAGUUCAAUCAGUGGCAUAAGUACUACUCACUGUGCAGAAAGUAAAUCAAUAAAUGAUACAAGCAAAGAUCAACCGGUGGUUCCAAUAGUCUCCUCAACUACCACAAGCACCGGCGAAAGCAAUUCAUCAACACAAAAAUUAGAAGAGGAACUCAAAGUUGCUUCACGCCUACGCAAAUUUGCUUUUAAUGAUCUUAAGAUGGCAACACGGAACUUUAGACCCGAAAGUCUUCUUGGUGAAGGGGGAUUCGGGUGUGUAUUUAAAGGAUGGAUUGAAGAGAACGGAACUGCACCCGUGAAACCUGGCACGGGACUUACUGUUGCAGUUAAAACUCUCAAUCAUGAUGGGCUUCAAGGCCAUAAAGAGUGGCUGGCAGAAGUAAAUUAUCUAGGUGAUCUUAUUCAUCCGAAUUUGGUUAAAUUGAUUGGUUACUGCAUUGAAGAUGAUCAAAGGUUGUUAGCAUACGAGUUCAUGCCUCGAGGGAGCUUGGAGAAUCAUUUGUUUAGAAGGUCUUUGCCUCUUCCAUGGUCCAUCAGAAUGAAAAUCGCACUCGGGGCUGCAAAAGGCCUUGCUUUUCUUCACGAAGAAGCGAAAAGACCCGUUAUCUAUCGUGAUUUCAAAACCUCCAACAUUUUGUUAGAUGCGGAAUACAAUGCAAAGCUUUCUGAUUUCGGUCUUGCUAAAGAUGGGCCGGAGGGUGAUAAAACUCACGUAUCUACUCGAGUCAUGGGAACGUAUGGUUAUGCAGCCCCCGAAUAUGUCAUGACAGGACAUCUGACUGCAAAGAGUGAUGUAUAUAGUUUUGGUGUCGUUUUGCUUGAAAUGUUGACGGGUAGAAGGUCAAUGGACAAAAACCGUCCAAAUGGUGAACACAACCUUGUUGAAUGGGCUCGACCGCAUUUAGGAGAGAGGAGGAGGUUUUAUCGGCUAAUAGACCCUCGACUCGAAGGCCAUUUCUCUGUAAAGGGAGCCCAAAAAAGUGCUCAGCUAGCAGCCCGUUGCCUGAGUCGGGACCCGAAAGUCCGACCCCUGAUGAGUGAGGUUGUUGAAUCAUUAAAGCCACUGCCAGCCCUAAAGGAUAUGGCGAGCUCAUCAUAUUACUUUCAGACUAUCCAAUCUGAACGGGUUGGGUCAAGCCCAAACGGACGAACGGGGGUUCGAAUUCAAGGUGGGUCGUUUUCGAGAAACGGACAACAGCAUCCGAGAAGUCUCUCGAUAUCGAAUAGCUCACGGGCUUCACCUUACCACCAGCAGAACUCACCGAAGCCGAAUGAGAAGCAAUAGAGAAAGGGGUAUGGGUCCGUUUUCGUAGUAUUAAUAUUAUUAUUAAUUUUGUUUCUAAAUGUAGUUGUAAUUGUCUAAAGCAGUAUAAGAAACAACAGAAGCAGAUGUGGAAUUUAUGUUGUUGUGAUGAAUUUAGAGUGAUCAUGGCAUUCGCAUUCA